UAUGUGAUAACAUGUUCUUUUUCAGGCGUUCGCCUUUGCGCUGACAUCGUGUCUCCAAUUGCAUCUGUGAAAAAUCAUGACCGACGUAGCUGAAUCCGCUGUGGAGAAUUUCGAGGAGCCGGCAGCCGCCGCACCCUUGGAAACCGAGAGUGCUGAUACCAUUUUGGAAACAAAUGUGGUGGCCACCACUGAGUUGCCCGAAAUUAAAUUGUUCGGCCGCUGGUCAUGCGAUGAUGUCACCGUCAACGACAUUUCUCUGCAGGAUUACAUUUCGGUGAAAGAGAAAUUCGCACGUUAUUUGCCCCAUUCGGCUGGUCGGUAUGCUGCCAAGCGUUUCCGCAAGGCCCCAGUGCCCCCAUUGUGGGAGCGCGCCUGGACCUGCUCCCCUGAUGUAUGAAAGGGACGCAACAAUGGCAAGAAGCUGAUGGCCUGCCGCAUUGUCAAGCACUCGUUUGAAAUCAUUACAUUUUGCUGACUGGCCGAGAAAUCCUCUGCCAGGAUCCUUGUGAGCGCCAUCAUCAACUCGGGACCACGUGAGGACUCCACACGUAUUGGUCGUGCUGGUACUGUCCGUCGUCAGGCUGUGGAUGUGUCGCCAUUGCGUCGCGUUAACCAGGCUAUCUGGCUGUUGUGCACUGGAGCUCGUGAGGCUGCCUUCAGGAACAUCAAGACCAUUGCCGAGUGCUUGGCCGAUGAGUUGAUUAACGCUGCCAAGGGCUCUUCCAACUCCUAUGCCAUCAAGAAGAAGGACGAAUUGGAGCGUGUGGCCAAAUCCAACCGUUAAACAAAACACAACAAAGAGAAAAGGCAAACAUUUUUCUAUGUGGGUUUUUUUUUUACUAUGCUAAACGUGUGUACUUUAUGUGUAAAGUAACACAAAAAAAUAAAUAAAACAUGAUAAAAAUCCAA